CGCGCCGGAGGGCUCUUCCGGGGCCGGAGCCAACCCACGGUGUUGCUGUCAGGGCUGCACGGCGGGAGGGAGCCCAGGGGAGGCGCCCUCCCGACGCCACCACUGCCCAUGCAGACCACAGCUAUCUGGCUACUGAUGCCAUGAGCAACACGACAGUGCCCAAUGCCCCCCAGGCCAACAGCGACUCGAUGGUGGGCUAUGUGUUGGGGCCCUUCUUCCUCAUCACCCUGGUCGGGGUGGUGGUGGCUGUGGUAAUGUAUGUGCAGAAGAAAAAGCGGGUGGACCGGCUUCGCCAUCACCUGCUUCCCAUGUACAGCUAUGACCCCGCAGAAGAGCUCCACGAGGCUGAGCAGGAGCUGCUGUCUGAUGUGGGAGACCCCAAGGUGGUACAUGGCUGGCAGAACAGCUACCAGCACAAGAGGAUGCCCCUGCUGGACAUCAAGACAUGAGUGUCCACGACCCUCUCUCCUGCCACCCACCCAUCGGUACAGGGCUGCUCUGAGCCAAGCCUGCCAGGCCC